GGGGUCAAAAAUCAAAAUAUAAUGAGAAGAAGCAGAGGCUUUUGCUCUUCUCUCAUUUUUUUAAAGUUAAAAACAGAGUUCUUUUCUUUAAAUGCACAUUGGAAAGGAAAAGACCUAUAAAAAGCUCCAAGUUUAUACGUAAACCAGGAAAAAAAAGGUGUUUGUUUAUUUGCAGAGAGAGGAUCCCUCAGGCAGCCAUUUCCUUAUUAUCUUCUUCUUCAGGUUUAUAUAAUCAACAAGUCAUAAUGGGGGGUUGUGUGUCCACUCCACCAAAAGCAAUUAGAAAACACAAGAAACACGUUCGGCGAUUCGGCAAACGUCAUAUGAAGAUAUCCAGUUCUCGUGAUGAAAAUAAGUUAAGUAGCGAUACAGGAUGUGUGACAGACUUUGCUGUGAGUCAAUAUGUCCAAAUGGAUUUUGAGAAUGGUAAAACUGCUGGGGCCGCCAAUUCAACAUACCAUCUCAAGCAGAUGCAAUGGCACCUCAGUCAAGUAGGUUUUGAUGGAGUUCGCCAAGAGGAAGCUUGGUUUGAUUCAGUCAGUAUUCUGGAAUCUGAUUCUGAUGAUGAGUUCAGCAGCAUACUUGGAGACCGGUUUUCCUCGGUGGGCUCUACAAUUGGGAGUAUAGCAAAUGGACAAGUGCUUCAGUAUGAAAGUUCUUCAUGUUUUAUGGAUGGCAUGGGUAAAUAUGAAGAAUACCACGAAAGUUAUGUGCAAAUAGAUGGAGUUGGGCAUGGGGUAAGCAACGAUGAACAGGACUCCAGGGGGUUUGCAGUCAUUGGUACCCAAGGUUAUGAACUAUCGCUGUCAGGGAAGACGGAGGAAAACAUAACGAAGAAAUUGUUGGAUUAUGGAAGCGUUAAAGGUUUAAAAGAGGAUAGACAUGACUCACAAGAGAAUACCUUAAAAUCUGGCUUAUCUCGAUUAGUUCCUACUAUAAGCUUCAAUGAAAAGGUUUUAAAUACGUCAGCACAGCAAAAGACAUUAGCAGUUUUCAGGCUUUCGUUUAAGAGGAAAUCAUGUGAUGGAGGUGAAAACAGUGAACACUGUACUUCAAAAAGAUUACUGUAUCGUCCGAAAGCAGGGUUAGUAAUUCCAUGUAGCACAGGAGAGAAGUCAAUUACAGGAUGUUGGUGUGAGAUUCCGCCCUCAAAUUUCAAACUCCGUGGCGAGACCUAUUUCAAAGAUAAGAGGAAGUGCCCUGCUCCAAAUUUUAGCCCAUAUACUCCCAUUGGUGUUGAUUUGUUUAUCUGCGCUAGAAAGGUUCAUCACAUUGCACAGCACCUUGAGCUUCCUAAUCUAAAAGUUGAAGGGAAAAUCCCUUCUCUUCUCAUUGUAAAUAUCCAGUUGCCCACUUAUCCUGCUGCAAUGUUCCUUGGUGAGACUGAUGGAGAAGGAAUGAGUCUUGUACUGUAUUUUAAGGUUUCUGAACAAGAGAUUUCUCCUCAAUGUCAGGAUAAUAUCAAGAAACUGAUAGAGGAUGAGAUGGAAAAAGUUAAAGGAUUUGCGAAAGAAUCGAACGUCCCCUUCAGAGAAAGACUAAAGAUAAUGGCUGGUCUGGUGAAUCCUGAGGAUCUCAAUUUAAGUUCUGCUGAAAAGAAGCUUGUAAAUGCUUACAAUGAAAAACCAGUCCUCUCUCGCCCCCAGCAUGAAUUUUAUACGGGCCCAAAUUAUUUGGAGAUUGAUCUAGAUAUUCAUAGAUUCAGCUACAUAUCAAGGAAGGGACUUGACUCAUUUCGAGAUCGUCUCAAAAAUGGAAUUAUUGAUCUUGGUUUAACCAUUCAGGCACAAAAACCAGAGGAGCUUCCGGAGGAAGUGUUGUGCUGUCUGAGACUGAGCAAGAUUGAUUUUGUGGACCAUGGACAGAUACCAACACUUAAGACCAGGGAAGAUAAUUGAGAGAUAUGAGUUCAGUGUAGGAAUCCUAAAGGUACAGACAAGCUUGUAAUAGGGAGAGGAUGAGCUCUCUGUUCACAUUUGACUCCCACCCAUGUUUCUGAAAUUCUUCCAUUAGUGAGAAGGGAAACAAAAGCCACUUUUUGUAUCCCAAUUUUCAAAUUAGGAUGUAAAAUUUUAUUCAUUUUCUAUUCAAAUAGUAAGGCAAAAUGUUCUUAGAA